UUGACGCUUUUUCCGGUACCCCAAAAAAAAAAGGUGCUAAAACCGUUAAAUGUUAAAAAUCUUGAUAGACAAAAAUAGAAAAGUAGAAACAGAAAAAAAAAAAAUAAACAUAAAAAACAUCAAAUGGCUUCUCGUAGCAAUUCAUUUUGUAAAUUUUCAGAAUCAUCGUACGACUACUACACCGAUAACGAACAACCCGGGGAUCAGAAUCCGGAUCGGGCUGACCCCCUGACCCGGAACAACUCUCUUAACGGGUUGCUGGGUUUCACAUUCGGGUCGAAAAAGAUGAGGAAGAAGAAACCCUUUUAUCAGGAUAGGGCAGCUCUCCUGUUGGCUUUCUUUGUGCUUGUUUUUCUGGGGAUGAAUUGGUGGAUGAUUUCUCGGAUCCAAAAUUCGGGUCGGGCUGCUACACCUCGGGUUGAGUUCAAGUUCUUGAAAGACAAUGCAUCCACUUUAUCUGUUCGGGAAGAACUGGUAAAACUUGGCAAAGUGAGAAAGCCUCAGAAAACGAUAUAUGCACGAUUGCUGGCUAAAGCUGCUCAUGCCUUAGCUGAGGGACAAAGAAAAGCCGAGCCAAAAGAUUUGUGGGCUGAACCCUAUUUUGUUGCAUCCACUUGGAAACCUUGUGCCGAGCACCGUGACUGGCUACCUAGUGAGGGAAGAAAUGGUUACAUUAUCGUGACUGCAAAUGGUGGGAUAAAUCAGCAGCGAGUAGCUAUCUGCAAUAUUGUUGCUGUUGCAAGAUUACUUGAUGCAACGUUGGUUCUUCCUAAAUUUCUGUACAGUAGUGUUUGGAAAGAUGUGAGCCAGUUUGGCGAUAUCUAUCAGGAGGAGCAUUUCAUCGACUACCUGAAACCUGAUAUUCAUAUAGUUAGAGAACUUCCUCAGGAGUUACAGUCAUUAGAUCUAGAGACUAUUGGCAGUUUGGUGACAGAUGCAGAUGUUGUAAAAGAAGCAAAACCAAGUUUCUACAAGAAACAUAUUCUUCCUAUUUUACAUAAGAACAGAGUUGUGCAUUUUCUUGGAUUUGGGAAUCGCUUGGCAUCUGAUCCGUUACCACUUCAGGUGCAGAGACUUCGAUGCAGAUGCAAUUUUCAUGCUCUGAAAUUUGUUCCGAAGAUUGAAGAAACUGGAGCUUUACUUGUGCGGAGAAUGCGUCAGAAUGUUACACGCUUGGGACCUUUGGAUCGUCAUCUAGUGGGUCCGUUCUCAAAGUCUUUGAUGAAGGGUGAACGAAAUCGUGGAGAAAAAGUCGCUAGGUAUUUAGCUUUGCAUCUGAGGUUUGAAAUUGAUAUGGUGGCUCAUUCCCUCUGUGAAUAUGGUGGGGGUGAAGAAGAAAGGAAUGAACUGGAAGCAUAUCGUGAAAUCCACUUCCCUGCAUUGGUGGAGCUUAAGAAGACCAAGGAGUUGCCCUCCCCAGCAGAUCUUAAGGCUGAAGGACUGUGUCCUUUAAUGCCUGAAGAGACUGUGCUGAUGCUUGCUGCGCUUGGUUUUAAUCGGCAGACACGCAUAUACUUGGCAGGUGCAAACAUCUAUGGAGGGAAUUCAAGACUGGCCUCCUUGACUACCUUGUAUCCUAAUCUAGUCACGAAGGAAAACUUACUUUCAUCGUCCGAGAUUGAACCAUUCAAGAAUUUCUCUUCUCAGCUAGCUGCACUGGACUUCAUAGUUUGCUCUGCCGCAGAUGUGUUUGCCAUGACAGACUCCGGAAGCCAAUUUUCAUCGUUGGUCUCUGGUUUUCGGGUAUACUAUGGUGGGGGCAAAAUGGCCACCAUACGGCCAAACAAGCGUAGACUCGCUGGUAUCUUUGUCAAGAACAACACAAUAGAUUGGAGAACCUUUGAGCAAAGAGUGAGGAAAGCAGUGAGACAAACGAAACGGGUAUUUUCACGACCUGUUGGGAGGAGUGUGUACAGAUAUCCACGGUGUAAGGAAUGUAUGUGCAACACAUAGGCCCCUUAAGUUAACUAGGUCCAUUGUCAGCUGUGUUUACGGGAAAAAGAAGUCACAACCAAAUGUAAAUGUAAUGUGUGUCCAUUGUAAUCUUGAAUUAAUCAAGUCUUUUUUCUUCUGUAACAUUAUAUGAUAUGUUUUUUAUUCUUCUAA